AUGGUCCUGCUACGACAGUCCCAUCGGUUGUGGCCGGCUCCUCGCCCAAUUUCUGCCUUCCGCCGUCAGCCGACCUUCGCCAGCCGGUUCUCCCACCACGAUGCGUUCAAGCCCGAUCCUCUGGAGCGUUCAACCAGCGAUGACAGCGUCUUGCCUCUAGAACCGCCCUCGCCACCUGAGCCUACCCGUUCUGCGAGUUCAGUCGAUAGUAUUCCAGAUUUUCCUGCGCGGGAUGAGCGGCCGCCAGAGCAGCGACCAUCGGGGUCGCGAUCGACGGAGCCCUCAGCGACAGCGUUAGCGGGUAACGUUUCGACACACUCUGCAGUCCUACAAGAGUUGUUGAAGCAGCAGCGGGAUCAGUUGCAGAAAGAGAAGGACCUGCAGAAGGAGGAGGAGCAGCUCCAAAAGCAGGCAGAGCGCAAGGUGAAGCCGUUCGAUUUGCUUGAUCGGAGAAAAGAAGAGGACUCGGGCAGUGCAGUGACAUGGGCGGACCCUGUCUCUGUUGCCGAAGCCACUGCCGCAGCAACUGCCACGGCCACGGCUACCGCACCCUCGGCGUCGCUGUCAAUGCCGUCCAUUUCGACUGAAGAAUUCAAGAAGCGCCUUGCGGAGUGGAAGACGGCCCUGGACAAGAAGAGUCGGGAGCUGGCGCAGCAAGCAGAUAAGAACUUCUCUUUGCUGGGAUUGCGCGUGAACGAAGUUACCGGCUACCGCGAGAUCGAGCUGCUGAAGGAGGCUGUCAAGAGCAGAGGUGCGUCACUCACUGCAGACGUCGCGCUGACCCCAGAACGGGAGAUCGAGGGUAAGCGUAAGAACGUUCGCGAAGCCAAGGUGGCCUACGAGACGGCCGUUGCGACAUUGUCGAAAACGCAGCAAGACGUGCAAGCCUUGCUGGAGCGCAAGCACACCUGGUCGGACCACGACGUCGCGCAUUUCACGCAGUUGGUGCGGUCGGAUCACGCCUCCAAGAAUGCGGUCGAAACGACAUCACAACAGUUGAAGGAGGCCGAGCUUGCUGUCGAUACGGCGUUCACGGCCUUGAUGCAGUCGAUUCUCGAGCGGUAUCACGAAGAGCAAGUGUGGAGCGAUAAGAUUCGGAGCGUGUCGACCUGGGCAAGCCUCGUCGUGCUCGGCGCAAACUUGAUUGUUUUUGUCGGUGCCAUCGCCUUUGUGGAACCGUGGAAGCGCAAGCGACUGGUCGAGGGCCUUGAAGAGCGCAUGACAGGUAUGAUGACAAAGGUCGAUAGCCAACUCCAGACGCUAUCGGAUCGAGUUGGAAGUCUCGAGCCGGUUUCCUCUUCUGUCCUCGCUGCGGCGCCCGUUGCGGCUGUGAAUAGCGAGGUGUCACCGAAGGAAGACGGUGUAAAUCACAUCUCGCCCUCACCGAUUCACACCCUCGAACCUCAUCUUUCAACUGUGCCAUAUGGUUCCGAGGCGUUUGCAUGGUCUACCGAUUCGCUUGACAAGUUGGCGCCACCUUCGGCAGAGCGCGACCUCGCCGCUGCGGCCGCGGUAGGGGCAGUCGCUGGGGCUGUCACGAUCAGUUUGAUUUCCUUCAUUGCAUCUCUCAUCCGUCAUUAA